GAUUCCCACCAUGGUGCUCAAAGUCUUCUUCCCUUCUUGCUGUUCCUCAGCAGACAGUGGCCUUUUGAUUGGCCGGUGGAUCCCAGAACAGAAUUCUGCAGUUAUCCUAGCUGUUGUCCACUUCCCUUUCAUCCCUUUCCAAGUAAAGCAGUACCUCUCUGAAGUGCAGAAGGUGAGCCAGGUCGAAAUUGUCGUGCUGGGCACUUGGUGUAACAACAAGCAGGAGAAAGAGGAGAGCCUGGGCAAAUUCUUGGAUGAUCUGGGCACCAUUUUUUCUCAUGAGCCUUGGCUCCAGAUUAGCAAAGAAAAAGGAAGCAAGUUCUGGAGCUGCCAUACCCUUUCCAGACAAGCUGACACUCCCACAGAGGAUCAGGUCAUUCUGGUCUAUUAUGACCAGCGCAAAGCCAUGCUGUCCCGACUCCAUCCCCCUGAGAUAUCUCUGGACAACCAGCCAGGGGUCAUCACUGCUCCUGAUGCUUCCAAGCUUGCAGCUGUAUUCGACACAGUGGCCAAAAGUGAGGUGCUCUUCAUGACAGAUAGAUACGACGAUGGGCCCAUCAAACUGACCCACUGGCAGUCGGAGGGUGUGGAGGCCAGCAUCAUUGUGGAACUGGCAAAGCAGGCAUCUGUGCCCGUGUGCAUGCUCCUGACAGGUUUGCUUUCCCUUGUCUCUGGACUUUGCAAGAGCAGAAUAUUUAAGUUUUGGCCUUUGUCCUUCAUAUGGAGCAAACUCUCAACUUGUGAGCAGGUUGGAUAUCGACUAGAACAUCUCAGAUUUGUCUUCAGCAACCAAAAAGCUGAGAACCAGACCCAGCUGAUGAGGAAAGCCAACAUCUUUGUUUCACUCCUUGUGGAUGUAGCUCUGGGGAUCUUACUGCUGUCCUGGUUAUAUAGGAAGAAUCGCAUUGGUCAGCUGGCUGACGCUCUCAUCCCUGUUGCAGAUCAUGUAGCUCGGGAGCUCCAGGACCUAUUGCAGUGGUUGAUGGGAGUUCCUGCUGGUCUAAAAAUGAACCGGGCUUUGGACCAGGUAUUGGGCCGCUUCUUCCUCUACCACAUUCACCUCUGGAUUAGUUAUAUCCACUUGUUGUCCCCAUUCAUUGAAAUGAUCCUGUGGUAUGUGGGUCUUUCAGCCUGCCUGGGCCUGACAGUGGUGUUGUCCAUACUUUCAGACAUCUUCGCACUCCUCACUUUCCACAUUUAUUGCUUUUAUGUUUAUGGAGCCAGAUUGUACUGUCUGAAGAUCUAUGGCUUGUCUUCUCUCUGGCGCCUCUUCCGAGGAAAGAAGUGGAAUGUCCUGAGACAGCGGGUGGAUUCCUGUUCCUAUGAUUUGGAUCAGCUCUUUAUUGGGACUUUGCUUUUUACCAUCCUGUUAUUCCUUCUGCCUACCACAGCCCUCUACUAUUUAGUCUUUACUCUGCUCCGUCUGUUGGUGGUGAUUGUGCAAGGACUGAUCCAUUUGCUGGUGGACCUUAUAGAUUCUCUCCCCCUCUAUUCCAUUGGUCUUCGGUUCUGCAGGUCCUACAGGCUUGCAGCUGGUGUAAAGUUUAGAGUCCUGGAGCAGGAAGAGGGCAGACCCCUUCGACUGUUGAUGCAGAUCAAUCCUUUGUCAUAUGGCAGUGUGGUCCAAACCUACCGUCUCCCUACCUACAGCUGUUACCCCAAGGACACCUGGGGCUCCCUGUGUAAGAAGCUAUUCUUUGGGGAGCUCAUCUACCCCUGGAAGCAAAAAGGAGACAAGCAGGACUGAAGGGCGGAAAUGAGCCAAAUGUGCAAGCCUGAGCCAAA